AUGCAUCAGCAGUGAGACUGAAAAGAGAUGAGUUAUCCGGAUCUGCUACAAACAUUCAACAUGUGACUUGGAGCUAGUAAUUCCUCUAAGAUGGCACUGGCAGGACUAAGGGCUGGAAGAGUCCCCACCUGAGCUGGAAGAGGAGCAGGAGAGACUUAAAUUCUUGGCAUAUUCAGAUGGAGGAAGAGGAUUUAAGUGAAGGGGGACCGACAAUCGCCUCAAUCAUGAACAGAGUCAGAGACCUGAAAAGUAAAUACAAAAACGAAGACAAUGUCACUGAUGAAUUCAAUUUCACCAAAGUGUCAGUUGAUUCAACAGGUAUAAGCUGUAUCCUAAACUAUAUCUUGUUUUCUUUUCUCCCCCAUCCCGAAGACUGGCUGAGUUUCUUGCUUAAGUUGGAAAAGAAGGGCAUCCCACAGGCUGAUGUGGGCUUAUUGAAUAGAUUAAUUGGUCGUUACAGUCAAGCGGUUGCUGCACUACCUGCAGAAAAAUAUAGUCAAAAUAAGAGCUAUGCUCGUAUCCUAGUGAGAUUUGCUGAGCUGAAAGCUCUCCAAGACCCAGAUGAGGCACGGGACCAGUUUCAUCUUGCCAGAUUGAACUGCAAGAAAUUUGCUUUUGUCCAUGUGGCUUUUGCACAGUUUGAACUGUCACAGGGAAAUUUAAAGAAGUGCAAACAGCUUCUUCAAAAAGCUGUUGAAUGCUGUGCGGUUCCACCAGAGAUGCUGGAAGUUGCUCUGCAAAAUUUGUAUUGUCAGAAACGGCAGCUGCUUUCAGAUGAAGAGAAAGAGAACUUUGCAGUGUUGGGCUCGCAAGAAUCCGGACUACAAACCAUGCUUGGAAGUUACAGGAGUAGGAAAAAAAGUGAUUCUGGUGACAUUUCUGGGAAUUUCAGCAGACAAUCUCUUGGGGAGAACAACUCUCAAGAGCUUGAUGCAGUCUUUGGUGGCCACAAUCCUUUAAAGCAGUUAAACAAGAUUAAUCAGGUUGGCCCAUUUGGGAGAGUUCCUAUUAACUUAGUAACAGAUGUUGGUGAUGUGAAGAUGAUGGAAGUUCCAGUUACAGCUAGUGUUACAAAGAGGCAGGUAUCUAGCUCCAAAUGCACAAAUUUGAUUGUUCCUUUUACAGUGCAUGAACCAAAAUCUUGUGGUGAUGAUUCGCAUGAACUGGGAGAUCUAAAGUUUUUACAGGACAAAAACUUUGUCCAAUCACAGUUGUUGGAUGAAGAGAGUAUAGAAACUGCAACUGCUUCCACUGUAACCCUAAAAAAUAAAACGGGUUCAAGUCUUUCAACAAAAAGAAAAGAAGAAAUCAAAGUGCAGUAUCAGGGGUCAAAGAUGCCAGAGCUGAAAUGCAUGGAAAGUCACCAGCAACAGUCUGGUUCUACUGGAAGUGAAAGAGAACAAGUGGAACAGUUAAAACUAAAUUGUGUUAUGCCUGGAAGAAAACGAACAACUCAAGUGGGGAAUCAUAGGAGCUAUGCAGAGGGAAAACCAUCAAGUUUUGAACAGCCUGCCCUUCCCAUUUCAAAAGGAUUAUCACCACCAGAAGCUGUUCCUAAAAGAAAUGAUCCAGCAUUUAUUUGUGGAACCCCAAGCAACACACUGAAUGAUUAUAUGUCUUGUUUCAGAACACCAGUUGUAAAGAGUGACUUCCCACCAGCGAAUCAGUUUUCCACUCCAUACAACCAACUUCCUUAUUUUCAGCCAUGUACACCAGCAACUCCAUUUCAAAACCAGUUUGGCUUACAGGUUUCAGCUUCUAUACCUUCAAAUGAAUGCAUUGCCAUUAAAGGGAGACUAUACACCAUAUUAAAGCAAAUAGGUAGUGGAGGUUCAAGUAAGGUGUUUCAGGUACUAAAUGAAGAGAAGCAUCUGUAUGCCGUCAAAUAUGUGAAUCUAAAAGAAGCUGAUCAGCAAACGGUUGAGAGCUAUAAGAAUGAAAUUGCUCAUUUGAAUAAACUGCAGCAACAUAGUGACAAGAUCAUCAGACUUUAUGACUAUGAAGUUGCUGAACAGCAUAUCUACAUGGUAAUGGAAUGUGGAAAUAUUGAUUUAAAUAGCUGGCUUAAAAAGAAAAAGAAUAUUGAUCCAUGGGAAAGAAAGAGCUACUGGAAAAACAUGUUGGAAGCUGUUCACACAAUCCAUGAGCACGGCAUUGUUCACAGUGAUCUGAAACCAGCAAACUUUCUGAUCGUUGAUGGAAUGCUAAAGCUAAUUGAUUUUGGUAUUGCAAACCAAAUGCAGCCAGAUGUAACAAGCAUUGUUAAAGAUUCCCAGGUUGGCACAGUUAAUUACAUGCCACCAGAAGCAAUUAAAGAUAUGUCCAAUUAUGGAGAAAAUGGGAAAUCCAGAUCAAAGAUAAGUCCCAAAAGUGAUGUUUGGUCAUUGGGAUGCAUUUUAUAUUGUAUGACUUACCGGAGGACUCCAUUUCAGCACAUAACAAAUCAAAUCACAAAACUUCAUGCUAUAAUUGAUCCUAAUCAUGAAAUAGAGUUCCCAGAGAUUUCAGAAAAGGAUCUUCAGGAUGUCUUAAAGUGCUGUUUGAUAAGGGACCCCAAAAAAAGAGCAUCUGUUUCCGAAUUGUUGAUGCAUCCAUAUGUCAACAUUCAAGCCCAUUCAGAGACAGGUGGUCCAAAUGCAAAAGGAACAACAGAAGAGAUGAAGCUCAUUCUUGGCCAACUUGUUAACCUAAAUUCUCCCAACUCUAUUUCAAGAGCUGCUAGAACUUUAUAUGAACAGUGCAGCAGUGGCAAGAGACUUGAUGUAUCUGCGUUUGCAAAACGUGGCAGCCAAACAUGGACAACAAAAUGAAGCACUGUUGAGCGCGAUUUACUAAAUAUAUGUUAAUCCAGUUAAUAAAAGCAGCACAAUUCAUACAUUUUAAGAGGACACUAACAAAAUAAAGAUUCUGUUUCUUUGUCUCUGAAGCUAAUAACAACGUUGAUUACUAAAACAGAAUUUUAAAAAUCUCAUACUCUUCACAGUGUGCUGCCUGUUUACUCUUUGCAUGUCACUCAGGUUGAAAAGUGAAAAUGUACUCGCACAGCCCUUCAGUAGUUUGGUUUACAGAUCUUUGUAUGAGUGUGUAAAUAACUUUUUGCUCAAAUGAGGAAAAAGAAAAAAAAUGUAAAUGUGUUAAAAGCCUACACAUCCAAAGCAUCUGACUGCAUCCCUGCAAAUACUACUUGAAAUCAUAUCCUGUGUAACGUAUUUCUUCUUUUUUAUUCUUGACCAUCACCCAGUGGCUCAACUGGGAAUCAUCUUAAGUUUCAGAAAAUAACCACUUCUGUAUUUUUUUUUUUUUAUUUUGGGGGGGGGGAG